AAAGACGACGACCUCACGUGGAUCGGUUUGAAGCAGAAAAACUAUCCUACUUCUUCGGAGUUCACGUGGACUGAUGGCACACCUUUGGACUACAAGAAUUGGGCACCUAAUCAACCAGAUGACAAAAGGGGUAAAAUGCAUUGCGUUCAGACACACAGUGAUUAUCUUGGACGAAUUCCGGCAAAGGAUAACAAUUACCAACACUGGGCUGUCACCGAAUGCACAUUAAAAAUGAGAGCAUAUGUGUGCAAGAAACCGGCAUCCCAUUAA